AACAAUUUUUUUAGGACCUACGUAUAAAUGUUAUUUUUGUUGUUGAGUUUAUUGUCACUAGUUUAUUAUAAGUUAUAUCUAGAUUGAAUUCAGGAAGGCUAUCGAAUAGCAGGUAAAAGGCAAGAAGAAAGUGUUCUUAAAAUUAACUUUUAGCUUUCAUUAUUCCAACAUGUUGAUCUAAAGAAAACAGCUGUAUCAUCAGCAUAAGUCAAAAUGUGUACAUCAAGUUUGAAGUUCAGUAACUCAUUAAUGUAUACAUAAAAUAAUACAGAGCCCACUAUAAAGUUCUUAGGUACAACCUAGUUGAUCACCCUUUUCUCACAUUCAAUAACCUGGAUAGAAAGGAUCUGCUGUCGGUUAUUUAGAUAGCUUCUAAUCGUUGUUUUUUCCCUAAAUCUUAUAUUACAUAGCGUGUUUUUAUGGUGAAAUUAGUAUAUUAAUAAAACACACGCUUUUAGAUAUUUCAAGUUGAAUAAUACUAACUCUAUCACUAAUUACAGUUUCGGCUUGUUAAGCCUUUUUAAAAAGUUUUUUGAAACUACUCGUCUGACUACACUGGAACGAUAUAUAUUUGCUAUAGGGAUAAUAAAAAUCCUUGAUUGUCUCAUUACAUUAUUAUCGUUUUUAUCUGAUUUUAAUAUUUCUAACUCUUCCAGGUAAUUUAAGCGUUUGCAUUUUGAUUCCUUAUGUAGUAAUUUAAUUUAACUUAAUUAUUGAACUCAUUAAUUGUGUGACUAUUUAAUAUAGAAUGUGUUAAUAGACCGGAACUUUGCUUGAUAUUAUUAAAAUACAUUUUAUAUAUUUUUUAAUACUGUUUGUAAUUGUGAGCAGGCCUGUGGUACGAUUCUAUAAUAGACGUCUGAAUAGCGACAGCAAGCGAAAACGAAGCAUAGCGAUAGCGAGAUUGUUUGCUUGAUGUCAACGUUGUAAAAAUUUGCAACGUCGUAAAAAUAGAUACUUAGCGAAAGAGGAGCAAUAAAAUCAGAAACGAAACUAACCUAACUUUUUUGUUUAUGUCUUCUAUAUAUUUGAAGUGAAUUGAAAUUUAUUAUUGGCUUUAAAUCCCAGUCAAUUAAUUUAAUAUGUUGCCUGUUCGAGUUUUAAUGAUUCAGCAGAUGGAACGCGAAAAUCAAUUAAGGCAGCUUCGUGAAGAACACAGGAGGCUUCGGGAUAUAAGCGACCCAUUUUCAUUGCCAGAUAUCCAUUUUAUUCAUCUUUAUCGUGUCAACAAGGAUUUGGUAAACCAUCUAUUCCAAGAACUUCGCCAAUAUAUGGACAUAGCAUAUAGAACAUCUCGUGUGAAUUAUCAACAAAGAAUCCUCAUAGCACUAAGAUUCUAUGCUACUGGGAACUACCAAAGAGGCGUUGGCCAGGAGUAUCUGCUAGCUGUAAGUCAGCCAAUAGUUAGUAGAGCUGUAGAGGAGGUUUCCAGGAUUCUAGUACUUCACUUUAGUAAUAAUUGGAUUCAAUUUCCUAAUGCAGAGAGAAGAAAUUCAAUAAAGAGAAUUUUUUUUGAAUAUUGUGGGGUCCCAGGAGUAGCUGGUGCUGUUGACUGUACUCAUGUAAACAUUUUGGCACCUACACAAGAAGAACAUGCAUAUAUUAACUGGAAAGGUUAUCAUUCAAUAAAUGUGCAACUAAUUUGUGAUGAAGAUCUGAAUAUAUCUAAUGUGAAUGCAAGAUUUCCUGGUAGUUGCCAUGAUGCUUAUAUCUGGAGGCAAUCAGCAAUACGUAAUAUUUUGGAGCAGUCCUAUCUAAAUGGUGAGCAAAACACAUGGUUGCUUGGGGACUCAGGGUAUCCUCAAGAACCUUGGUUGAUGACCCCAAAUCUUGGAGUUUUACCAAAUACUCCAGGAGACAGGUACAACCAGGGUCAUGCUAGAGGAAGAAAUUGUAUAGAGAGGACUAAUGGAGUACUCAAAACAAGAUUUCGCUGCAUAUUAGGAGAACGGGGCUUAAGGUACAGUCCAGAAAAAGCAGCAAGCAUUAUCAGUGCCUGCUGCAUUCUUCACAACAUGUGUAUCAGAGCAAGAAUCCCUUUGGAAGAGAAUGUUGAAGAGGAUCCCAAUGGUCAAAUCAACAUUGAUGAACCUCCACCAGAUCCAGCUGCUCUAGAUGUGGGAAGAGCAGUGAGGAAUGCAAUGAUUAAUAGAUAUUUUAAUAAUUAAUACUCUAAUUUGUAAUGUUUUUUGUAAGAUAUAAUGUUUUAUGAUUGUUAUUUUUCUCAUGCUUAUCUAUGUCUUCAUUCUCAUGAGUAGCUCUUAAAAGUUUUGUUAGUAUUAUGAAAUGUAUUCUUUUUAAAGAAUACAUUUCAUAAUAAUAUUAACUUUUCAAUAAACCUUCAUAAGACACCAGUAUAAAAGUAUGAUUAGAGAAACUUGUUAGAGAAAUAAGCAUUUAUACAUGCCUUUUAGUUAAAACUGUAGGUAUAUUAAUAUUCUGUUUACAUUUUUUGAAUAUUUUUUAAGUUUUUAACUGGCCUACUAUUUAAUUCAAUAUACUAAUUUGUUGGAAUGAUGUGUAACAUUAUCACAAUAAUGGAAAUAAACCUAAAAAAAAUCUAUGUUUCAGUUAUUUUUAGAAA